AUGCGCCUCGACGCCUCGCCACAUGCACUCCUCACGCUGGACACCUGGGAGCAUCUCCAGAACCUCAAGGAAGGAGGCGAAAAGAUCAUUCUCGACGGAAACACUCUCGACAUUGCCUCUGUCGUCGCAGUCGCUCGAUACGGCGUCAAGGCCGAAAUAGUCAAGGAUGAGGAACUCGUCCGUCGCAUCAACCUGAGUGUAGAUGCCCUCGCCGAGUACCUAUCCCACAAAUACGUGGUGUAUGGCGUCAACACGGGUUUUGGGGGGAGUGCAGAUGUUCGGACUGACGACUGGCUGGAGAACCAGAUCGGUGUUCUUCAGCAUACGCAGAGUGCCAUAAUCACUACUUCGGAUAAGAAUCUUGGUGGGAACUCGGAGAGGGAGCCUUCUCAUGUUAUGCCUCCUGAGUGGGUUCGAGGCGCUAUACUUGCUCGUGCGAAUCAGAAUAUGCGAGGGCAAAGCUCUGUUCGACUAGAGGUGUUGGAGAGAUUGAUUAAGCUUCUUCAUCAUGAUAUCACUCCACUGGUUCCUAUUCGAGGCACCAUCUCGGCAUCUGGGGAUCUCAUGCCCAUGUCUUACAUUGCUGGGGCUGUUACGGGAAACCCAGAUAUCUUUGUUCAAGUUGGAAAGGGCAGUUCAGCUAAAGUGAUGCCUUCGCAUGAAGCUCUUCAGCAAAAUGGUCUUUCACCAAGUGGCCUUGGCCCGAAGGAAGCCCUUGGUCUCAUCAACGGGACUGCGCCCUCCGUUUCUCUUGCGAGCCUUGUAUUGUACGAAUCACAGCAACUUGCUCUUCUAACUCAGGUCUUGACAACAUUCGCGGCUGAGUCUAUGGGCGGUAACGUUGAGUGGACGGCCCCCUUUAUCCACGCAGUACGACCGCACCCCGGGCAGAUCGAAGCGGCGGCCAACAUCAGGAGUUUCAUUCAGGGCUCCGAGUUCGUGGCAGGCUUAGAGAAUCGCAAGAGGACAGGAGAUGGACUUUGGCAGGAUCGCUAUUCAACUCGCACAAGCCCCCAAUGGAUCGGACCCUAUCUGGAGGACCUGCUCCUUGCGCAGAGACAAAUCACUGUGGAACUCAAUUCUACGUCAGACAAUCCCUUGGUUGAUGCUACAGAAAAGGACGGAAAAGUGGUAGGCGAAGUCUACUCGGGUGGUAAUUUCCAAGCUGUCGCUGUUACUUCUGCCAUGGACAAGACACGGCUUGCGCUGCAGAUGAUAGGCCGUAUGCUCUUCUCCCAGGUCAGCGAGAUGAUCAACCCUUGCACCAACAACGGCCUCGAGGCCAACCUCAAUGUCAGCGACAAAGAGAACUUUACCAUGAAAGGCAUCGACGUAAACAUGUCUGCUUACAUGUCCGAGUUAGCUGCUCUCGCCCAUCCGGUUUCGUCACAUGUCAUGUCUGCCGAAAUGCACAAUCAAGGUAUUAACUCACUCGCUCUACUCUCGGCUCGUCGAACCAUGGAGGCCGCAGACCUUGUUGCGCAUAUGUGUGCUUGCCACAUCUACGUUUCGUGUCAGGCAGUCGAACUUCGGGCAACUCAUCGACUCUUGUUGGAGACUCUUUACCAAAAGAUGAAAGCAGAGGAUGGGCCUUUCCAUGUAUUUGGUUUAGGCGAGUCUGCUAUCGAGGACCUUGGAGAGAAAGUCUUUGCAGUAGUUGAGAAAGCGUGGUAUGACCAUAAUGCUGGUUGCUGGAAAGAUCGAAUCGUCCCAACAGUCGAUGCAGCCAUGGCACCUGUUACACAAUAUCUGACAUCCGAAGAGAUGGACUGUCCGAUAUCCAGUCUCGCAGUAUUUCGUGCCGAACUCCACAAAUCUAUCUUCGAGGCUGCAUCUUCGAUAUUCUAUCCCAACAUGGCGAUUCGCCCUGUCGAUGUAGCUACCAAGUUGGGCGAUGGGACUGCCCCUUUGUACGUGUGGGUUCGUUCCAAGCUGGGAGUCCCUACGCAGUGUGGCAUCGAUGAUGACCCGUUGUACAACUCACAAAAGGGUCUCUCAACUGAUGGUAAGAAGACUAUCGGGAGCUGGGUGAGCAUGGUAUACGAGAAUUUGAAGGACGAUAUGAUGGGUGUUGUCUUGGAGGGUAUUGCAACUGAUCGUUCAGGGCUAAAGACAGAAGAGCAGUAUGAAAGUCUUUGCCAGAGCCUGACAUCAAGGAACUAA